AUGAGCGACCAUCUCAACCUCGACCCAUCACUCGCGUACGAGGACGAUACGAUGGCCAACGCGACUCCCCAACAGCAGCAACAACAUCAACAACACCAACAACAACAACAAGCGCAAGCACCGCCAAAUCUCCUCCCGCAUCCCAACCACCAAUACCCUCCUCCUUCCGAUCGCAUCACCGUUGUUGUCGAUCGCCAACAUUUUAUCCACACGCGUAAUGCCCUCAACAAUGCCUUCAUGUCGCUCAGCUCGUCGAUUGAUCGCGCCGUCAAGGCCUACGCCGAACACACCGACGUCGUCAUCUCCGCCGACCACACGCUCGACGUGAGCGGGCUACUCAAUCCAUUCAACCAAAUCUUCACCCCGCCCUUCUACGCGCAAUAUGCCCCCACCACCGCCCAGGCUCCCGUCGCGUCCAUGGAAGGCGCCCCUACCACCGGCAAGAAGAAGCGCGCGUACAAGCAACGCGACAUUAACGCGCCUAAACGUCCCUUGACCGCCUACUUCCGCUUCCUCAAGGAACAGCGACCCGUGAUUUCGGCGGAGAAUGCCGAGACUGCGGGUGGGGAGGGUGGAAAGGCGGGCGAUAUCUCCAAGAUCGCGACGGAGAGAUGGAAGGCGCUGACGGACGCGCAGCGCAACCCCUACAAGCUGGCAUACCAACACGAGCUGGAGCAGUAUGAAAAGGACACCAAGGCUUACAAGGAAAACCUUGCCGCGGGUGGUGUCAAUGUCAAGCUCGGCGCCGAGGAUGAUGAGGAAGACAUGGUGAGCACGCCUACCGCCGCCCCGGAGCAGGUCGUCGCCAAGGAGGAUGACUCCGACGACACUUCCAGCUCGGAAGAUUCCUCCUCGGACGACGAUUCGGAUGAGGAGGAAGUCGUUGCCAAAGCUCCCACCCCUCCUCCUGCGAAGAAGGAAAAGGCGCCCAAAUCCGUUAAAAAAUCCGUCACCGCCGCCGCCGAUCCCCUUCCUUCCCAGCAAAUGUUCAGCAGUCUCAACCCCGUCAUCCCCACCCCCUCCUCAACCGCCACCAAACGUAAGGCUGGCGAUGACGAUGAUGGCGAGAAGAAGAAGAAGAAGAAGCGUGGCCGUCCCACCAAGGCCGACCAGGAAGCUGCUGCGGCCGCCACUGCUGCUGCUGCUGCUGCUGCCGCUUCUCAGCUGGUGGCCGAUGAUUCAGCCGAGCUCAAAAAGGAGAAGAAGGAAAAGAAGAAGGAGAAGAAGCGCAAGAGUGAGGCGGCUUGA